AUGGCUCGCAGAUAUCAACCAAGGCCCCUGUCUUCUGCGUCGAGCGAGGCACACGCGCAAUUACUCUACGACUCCCUCGAGAAAUACAACGCGCUGCAACAGAAGAAGAACACACCGUCCGUUAUCCUCGUCGCUCUCAUCGUCCUCUUCCUCUCUUCUGCGGGAGGCAUCAGCUUGGCGAUCGUGCUGAUGGCUAAGGUGAAGGAGAUUGAAGCUGCGUGUAUUGCGCGAGAUUUCAUCUUGUUUGCCGGGCUUAUGUCAAUGCUCUACAUUUGCCUGCAUAUAUACGGAGCUAGAAGGGACUACACGAGACAAGGCCUGGGGCCGCCGCAGAUGUACGGGCAAUAUCUACAUGCGAGUGCCAUGCUGGUCGCGAGACUUGGCAUUGUCAUUUGGAUUGCGGCUUUAGUGGCUACCGCCAUCAUGAUCGCGAGGUCCAUACCCCUCGCAGGCUUUGCGGGAAAGGUGCCUUUCUUGGACUUGUUGCUAUGUGUCGGGGCAAUCCCAUCUUUCCUCGUUAUAUCUGUCACAAUCGAGAAAAACACGAAACCCUUCGCUACGGCUUCUGUAUCGAACCCCUCAUUCCUAAACUGUCGUGUAAGCGACUUCGCGGACGAUCUCUCAGCCGACUCGAGUGUGUCCCGUCAGUCCUCGCUUCAGCAAAGGCAGAGUCAAGCUGGGUCCGGCUCUGUCUUAACGCUACCGACAGAAGAGUUGCUGGGGCUAGGUGCCCGGCAGCAGGAUGAGAAAAAAAUAAAUCAGUUCACGGAAAAGACGCAUGAAGCUCCACCGAAAAUAGAUAUCACCCCAUCCUUGCCUGCUCAGCCGAAACCGCAGACGCCAGGUCCCACGACAACGACAACCCAGGCGGUCCCAGAGCCAACGUAUUGCCCUGGUGGAUGGAGCGCAGAGUGGAACAGCGUCGCCCAAGAGGCCGGCGUGUCGCGAAGCACCGACAGUUCCUCGGACGGGUCAUCCAAUAGUGAUUCAUCAUCUACACCUUUAGUACCAGCUUCCACAAGACUGCCAUCAUCGUCGCCGAAGCUCCCUCAAAUACCAACCCCAAUUAUACCUAGUCGCAAAAGCAGCACGACCACCACUAACACAUUACCACAACAACAUCGCUAUUCCUAUAAUCGCUCAACAGCGAGGCUGUCCGGCACACCCUCGAAUCUAUCAACAGUGCGAUAUGCCUCCGAGCCCGAGAUCGCCGUGCAGCAGUCCAUAAGAGUUUUCCGGAACCCGGCGUACAGGCCACGCUCGGGGUCAGUUGGCACGAACGAAUGCCAGGGGGUGCAGAGGCCGGAUAUUGCGCUGUUGAGGAAUGCGCAGCAGGCGCAGAAGACGGAGGAUGCGACUCCGGUGCCGAAGAGGACGCCUUCGAAUUUCUCAAGGCCGAUGCCGAAGACAGCGGAUACAAACGAAAAAGUAGGUACUACUGAGACGGAUAAAGGGAGCGAUGUGAAGAUACCGGGUACCUUUGUUGAAGAUGCUGGGGAUGAUGAUAGGUAA